UACAAGGAUUUAUAUCAAAAAGAAAAAAGGUUUUCCUAAUUUUAUUUGAAAAUUCCAGAAAAGGUUUUCCUAAUUUUAUUUGAAAAUUCCAGUCCCUGACCCAUCCUUCUCUUGCCUUCAGCUGUCUGCUAUUGCCUUCAAGUUUCCCGACGAGGAAAUUAAAUAAAGAUUAAACAUGGCUGCUGCAGUAAUUAAGAAGUUCUUCAUUGCAUCAAUGUUCAUGUGGAUAGCUCCUCUUGCAAUCUUGUAUGGUUUUAAUCAUAAUUUACUUCCUGGUUCAACAAAUUUAUCUCCCCAUGCUCUGACACUGGUGAGUGGAUUCGUUGCUGUAAUUUCAGUCAAUAUAGUUAUUGCAUUCUACAUCUAUAUGGCAAUGAAGGAACCUGUGGAUAAGCAUGAGCCGGAUCCAAAGUUUCUCGCUGAUGCCAAAGCUAGUGUAAGCCAGCCAACGGGCGAAGCUCCAACCUCUUCCGAGUCCAUAAAGAAACGAGAAUAGAAUAGCCAAAGCCUGAGUAACUACAAUGGAGAGAAUGGAACAAUGAGGGUCUGUGCUCCAUACUCAUGUCUUAUGAUUAUGAAAUUAAGUUCUUUCUAAUGUUUUUGUUGUAUAUUUAGACUCAUUUCUUUCGGUCUUUUCGAUAUUGUUAUCGAGUUUUGCUCCAAACCUCGUGAUUUUGAUUAUUGUUAACUUGUAUUGACUUGCAUUUCUGAAAUCAUACUAAUCUUUCAACC